CCAGUCCAGGCUCCAGCCCAGCAUCCCGUCGACUCGAUGAUAUACCAGCAAAAGGGGCAAGUGUGAGCAGGCGGCGGCGGAGCCAUGCCGAUGCCGUCGCGGGCGCGGCGCAGGUCCAAAUCCCGGUGGCCUCUCGGCGAGCCCCCUCCCGGCCUCUUCCCCGCUAGGGACGACCUCCUCCGCCUGCUCGCCGUCGUCUCCAUCGCCGCCGCAGCAGCCGCUGCCUGCAGCCUUCUCAACCGCCGCCCCAAACCCUUGUGCGACAGCGGCGGCGCCGCCUAUACCCACCAUGAUUCAUGCCAACCAUGCCCUCCCCAUGGACGAUGCGUAGACGGAAACCUGGAGUGCGUCCAGGGAUUCAACAAAUAUGGCAACCUGUGCAUAGAGGAUGGGCUGGUCAGCCAAACUGCUACCAAGAUUUCACAGUUGCUAGAGCGGAGGAUCUGCGAUCAAUAUGCCCGUGCUUUAUGUGGCCAACCUGCCAAAAUCUUGUUCCAAGAGCUCGAUAUCUUAAACAUGGCUGAUGAGCUGUUAUCCAAGGGUUUUGUUGGCCUAAGUCAGGAUGGAGCUAAGGUUGCAAAAAUUAAGGUUCUGGACAGUGCGCGGGCCUUCUUUGAGAAAACAUUCAGCUCCGACGGAGUCGAAGAGUUUAAAUGUCCAGACCUGGUUGCCGAGCUUUAUAGGCCCCUGACCUGUCAAAUUCGGCAAUGGAUCUCAAGAAAUAUCAUGUCUGUGACAGCCUUUGGUGUCCUGUUUUCAGCACUGCUCUGGAUUCUUUGGACUAUUUACAAGAGACAAGCAUUAUCAAAGAGGGCCGAACAAAUAUAUGCUCAGGUGUGUGAGGUCCUUGAAGAUAAUGCCAUAGAUGCAAAGAUUGGCAACUCUGAAUGUGAGCCUUGGGUGGUCACGUCUUGGCUGCGAGAUCAUCUGCUAGUCCCACAAGAGAGAAGGAAUGCUUUCCUUUGGAAGAAGGUGGAAGAACUAAUACUGGAAGAUUCUCGCAUAGAUCAAUACCCGAAAGUGGUCAAGGGAGAGUCGAAAGUUGUUUAUGAGUGGCAAGCGAGCGGCUCGCUCAGUGGAAAGAAAAAGGUUAAGAAGAUGCAAGGUGUAGCAGCAGGCAAGUCAAGAGCCGAUGGUGCAGCUGGCGGCGCCAUAAAACUUGCUGAAGAACUGGAUGCAGGCUAGCUAGAGCUGCCAUGCGUUAUGUAUGUACAAAUGUUUCUCAAGCUACUAGGAGAGUAUAUAUCAUGAUGUAUGCUUGGAAUGUACUAAAUUAAUUGAGUUAAUGGAGUACGUGGUGUAUAUGUA